AUGUCUAGACGAUCGGCGCAAAUUUAUGAGCUGACGAGAAUGCUUGACAUUUCGCCAUGGGAGACUCUCGUCAAACUGCUCACCGAUUCAUUAUUGAACUGUACUGGAACACACGAGGAAGUGCCGCAUUCCAGGAAUUUUCUGCAUUCCAUGUCUACGGUGUAUAUUUCCUCGCUUGGUCUUGCCACCGGCUUCAGUCUAACAUCGCUGGUUUUCUGGAUUGUGCACAUGAUGUAUAUUAAUUAUUAUAUAACCGACCCUACUCGCAGAUUACACAUGUUCAUAUUAGCCUCGACAGCACCGCUCGUGUCCGUCCUGGCCCUGGUCGCGAUGUACAUGCCCCGUGUAUGGUUCCUCUCGCAUCUCCUCUCCUUCCUCUAUUUCUCGUUUGCACUGUGGGUAAUCAUCUGCCUGCUUCUGCACAUCUUCGACGGACAUCAUGCUCUCGUCUCGAAGAUGUGUCAACGACUGCAGUUCAUCGAGAUAUCGACUCCACCGUUCUGCUGUCUGUUCCCUUGCCUUCCGAAUGUGCGACUCGAAGGCGAGAAGAUCAGAUGGUGCGAAUGGAUGGUCUAUCAGGCGCCGUUCGUUCGUCUGUUCGCAACAUUCGUCUCACUUGUCAUCUACUUCGAAUAUCAGGACCAGGGCCUUGUCCAUUUGAAAGUGCUCGAUUUCAUCACUCUCCCAUCAUUGCUGGCUGGAAUUUACGGCACUCAUAUUUUGGUCACAACCGUCUCCCGAUUGGACGAAUUGGUCUCGUACCGAUAUGUCGUUGUUUUUCGCCUUCUUGAUUUCUUCUUUAUGGUAUUCGGACUUCAGCAGCCGGUUUUCGACUUUUUGGCGAGAUAUGGUGCAUUCGGAUGCGGAACCAUUUUGCCGGCAAUCGAGACAUCUUUCUAUUGGAAGAAUUUAUUCAUCGUCAUCGAAGCAUUCUUCGUCUCUCUUGUUUCCACUGUACUCAUCCAACCAUCGAAGUCGUCGAUCUUCGACAAGCAUCCGAGCUGUCGCUCCAUGUCUUCGGCUCGGUCGACGAUCACAGAAGUCGACACUGACGAAUCCGCAGCCUAA